GCAUUUCCGCUGAAGAUCUCGCGAGAUCAAGUUUCCUUGGCAACAGUACACCGUGUUUUCAUGGAGAGGUCAGAGCGUCAAAAGAUUCAACUCGCAACCAACCAGCCAUACGACGAGAGUUUUGAGGUGAAUGCAGAGGAGGCAGCCAGUGUGCACACACCAUCCCCAAGACAGAUAGUUUCUAGGAGGACAGGCAGGCAGAAGCAGAGCGCCAUGGCAACUUAUGCUGGCGAUAAACUAGAAGAGGAUACUAAACAGAGAAAGAAAGAGCCGCCACCUCUUGCCCGUGCUACUAAUCAGAAUGAUGAAGAUGAUGAGGACGAGGAUGACGAUGAUGAUGACGAUGAUUCUGAUGACACAGAGUCUGAUGAGGAGGAAGGGGAGCCCGGAUCUGCUCCAGAAGGUGCAUAUGACCCAGCUGAUUAUGAACAUCUUCCUGUGUCAGCCGAGAUCAAAGAGCUGUUUCAGUACAUCACACGAUAUACUCCACAGACGAUAGAGCUUGACCACAAACUGAAGCCCUUUAUCCCUGAUUUCAUUCCAGCUGUGGGGGACAUUGAUGCUUUCCUCAAAGUACCACGUCCAGAUGGGAAGGCUGACAAUCUGGGUCUCCUGGUUCUGGAUGAGCCGUGCAUUAAACAGUCAGACCCAACAGUGCUUUCCCUGUGGCUGUCAGAGAACAGCAAACAACACAAUGUUGCUGAAGUGAAAGUAAAGAGCAUCGAAAACCCAGAGAAGAACCCCAAAGCCAUAGACAACUGGAUAGAGAGCAUUAGUGAGCUGCAUCGGUCCAAGCCUCCAGCUACUGUACACUACACAAGACCCAUGCCAGAUAUUGACAGCCUGAUGCAAGAGUGGCCACCUGAGUUUGAGGAGCUUUUGGGGAAGGUCAAUCUCCCCACCUCAGAUAUUGACUGUGAUUUGGCAGAGUAUGUCGACAUUAUGUGUGGAAUCCUGGACAUCCCUGUGUACAAGAACCGGAUUCACUCACUUCACGUCCUGUUCACACUCUACUCUGAAUUCAAAAACUCACAGCACUUUAAAUCUGUAGCAGAGGGCCAGAAAUCCGACACACCGCCUGCUUCACGUACAGCCACUGCUGAAUUAGAAAGACUCACUUUGGACUGAAGUCUCCUUCAUGGCCUAUUUUCAUACAUCCUGUUUUGUUCUUAGCUGUUGUAUCGCCAGUUGAAGUUGUGAAGCUACAUUCUGUUCUGCAUAUUAGAUUGUGUGAAUUCUUCAUAUGUUUAUGUUUAGUAGACUUGUUUUUCCAGACUCUUCACAGAUUUUUUUAGGAGAUAUACCGUUAAAUAACAGUAUGUACUGUAUAAAUAUCCCAGAAAAAUAAUACUAUAUUAAACUGAAUCAACAGUAAACACUGAAAGGCUUCUGAAACACCAAAAGGCAUUUAGCAAAGCAAGAUGACAUUAUAGCCAUAAUCAGAUUUAUAUGAUACACUGAACCAGAGUAAGCUGUCCUUUAUGAUUUAGUUAAAAGUCUAAUAUACUGUGUAAAACAAUGUACGAGAGUUGUUGUCUAUUAGAUCAUUUGAAUAAAAGCAGCCCUGCCUUCUUCCUUGUUCUAACCGCUUUUUAUUUUAUUUAUUUCG